CGCGUCCUAGUCUUAAUCUCAGGCGGCACAAUCUGCAUGCAAGACUCCAUCGACGGCCUGAUUCCGACGAGAAACUUCGCCCAGAACCUCAUGAUCCCCAACCUCGACUUCCACCAAGGCAGCAAAGUCGGCGCCACGCCAGUCAUAAACGAGGACGGCAAGCCUACCAAUGCGGUCACCUUACAAUCCCCAAACAGGGCGCGUCUCAACCAUGAGGACUAUGACUGCAGCAUCUUGGAAUUCCAGGAGCUCAUUGACAGCUCCUCCAUGGAUGGCUCUCACUGGACGAAGAUUGCAACGACUCUACAGGCGAACUGGCAUGCCUUUGAUGCCUUUGUCGUCUUGCACGGCACCGACACUCUGGCGUACACCGCUUCUAUCUUGUCAUUUGUGCUCGGAGACGUGGACAAGACCGUCAUCGUUACCGGCUCACAGCUCAGCAUGUAUGCUCCUCACAACGACGCACACGACAACCUCCUCGACUCUUUGACGUUUGCGGCGAAUUUCGAUGUUCCCGAGGUCAGCGUCGUCUUCCAUCACCACCUGUACCGCGCCACGCGGGUGACCAAGGUCAGCUCCUUCUCUCUCGCCGCCUUCACCACGCCAAACGCGAGACCGCUUGCGAUUGUCCGCAAGCAUGCUGGUGGUAUCUGGACUUCAACUCUGUAUUCCAAGACGAUCCAGCCAGUUGGAAAGACACCAGACCAUGAUGCGGCGUCCAAAUCCGGUCCGGUGUCGGCAACCAUCGGGCCUUUGGACACCAACCGCGUCGCCGUGCUCAAAGUCUAUCCCGGCAUCAGCACGAAUUUGAUCAGCCACAUUGCUGAGAUGCCAGACUUACGUGGCCUGGUGCUCGAAACCUUUGGCGCCGGGAAUGUCCCUCUCACCAAACACGGCUUAGACCUCCUCGAGAUCCUCUCAAAGGCAAUCGAGAGAGGCAUCGUGGUCGUGAGUGUCACGCAAUGUCUCACGGGCAGCGUGACGUCCGCAUACGAGUCUGCUCGGCGGAUGGAGCGGAGAGGCAUCGUUACCGGCCUCGACAUGACGACAGAAGCGGCAUAUACCAAGCUCGUAUAUCUGCUGUCCCUCCAGAACUUGACUCACGAUGAGGUCGCCAAUAUGAUGCGACAAGAUCUCUGUCGCGAGCUGACG